AAGUGUGAUAAGACAGUCGUACACGACUACUAUGUUGAACAUCAAAGAAGCGCGUUAUUGCGAGAUCCAAAAGUUAAUAAAUCGACACAAUUUAGGGUGUAUACUCGACUGUCCUAUUCUAUCCAAGAUCGAAGAGACUUCCAGCUUUUAGUUUGAGUUUGGUAGUAGAUUGAUGGAUAGAAUUCACCGUUUAUUAAUGACUAUGACUUGGUGUCUUUCCGUCCGCAAAACCAGGAGGGAUUUGAAUUUGCCUGUUCUUCAAAACUCAUCGACAUCAUCGAGAUUCCUCUCGUGGACCCUCUUCCUUUUACGUACUCCAAAUCGUCCAUCGACAAAGCAAUCAAAAACGGAACUAUGUUCGAGUUCCAACUCGCUCCUGCUUAUCGAGAUCGUUCAGCACGCCGCGCUCUUUUUGCAGCUUCUCCGCUUCUCCUUCUCUUCUCACGAGGAAACAACAUGCUAUUCUCAGCGUAAUGAGCGAAUGAUUCGUGGAAGAUAGAAACCCGCUGGAUCCUAUCGAAUUGCGAAGCCCGCAGGAGUACAUAACAAUCGCAAAGGCGGUGGGCUUGUCAGCAGACAAGGCGAAUGAAGCGAUCCAUCGAAAUCCUCAGAAGGCGUUGGAACACGGGAGUUUUUGAAUUCCAAGCGAUUGAGGCAUAGAAAAGCGAAAAUCAGAGCAGAAGGUGGAAAUCAUUGAUGGAGCUGUGUAGGAUUCGGAACGGGCUUGUCAUUUUUAACUCUUGUCGAGCCAUCGAAAAAUAAAAAGAGCAGAAGUGAUAGAGAAAAUA